AUGAGGCUCACGAUUUUGGGAGCAAACUCGCUCUUAGGUCAGCAUCUGGUUAAGCAUGUUCAGGAGAACGUUGGAUCCAGCAUUGAGAUUACAACAUGGAGCUACGAUACAGAAUUGGCGAAAAAAAUAGAUAUUGAAACAACAUUCAACCACUACAUUGGUACUGAAAACUUGGGUAAAGCUGUUAGGAAGGCAGAUAUUGUUGUAAAUUUACACGAAUAUCAAGAUUUGAGUAUUUUACCUGAUGUCGAUGCACUGGAGCUUCACAACGUCGAAUUUGUAAGAUCUCUGGUUUUUCUAAUGAACUCAGGAUCCAUACGAAACCAGGGUUUGAUUCAUCUUUCUUCGUGCUUCGUCCAGUGUGCUAAGUCUGUGCCUAAUGUUUACGAGGCGGAGAUGAAUCCAGAACGAUAUACAAAAACUAGGCCCUUCCAAAGGUAUUGUGAAACAAAAGCUGUAUCGGAGGAGAUGGUGAAGCAAAGUGGAAUUUCUAACUUCGUUAUUCGUGCACUGCCAAUGUAUGGCCCCGGAGAUGAUAGUUCUAUCAUCACUGAUUUCAUUGCUGUUUCAUCAUACCUGGACUGUGUUCCGAGUAUAGGAGAUCGAGAUGGAGUAACGCAGAUGGCGUUUGUUGGAAACGUAGCAGUAGGAAUGUGGUUGGCCAUUGAGAAACUAUCAAAUCUUCUCCCAAGCAUGCAGAACUUUCGUAAAGAUAGUUUCGAGUCUCUCAGUGAUUCGGAACCUGUGCUAAAACUUGAGAACGAGGAGGGAACCGAUUCUGAUGCAAGUAGCGAUCUUGCUAGUUCUAACAAUAAUUUCUCGUACCUUCACCAAUCUGAAAGUGUUCAUGAAGUAAUUUUGUUAGCCGAUGAUAUUCGCAGUAAAAACAUUUACGAAGCCCACAGGGAGUUCAUAUGCAGUCCAAAGAGGCCUAUAUCAUUAACAUACAUUCCUUUCUUGCCACUUUACUAUAUUUAUCUGCUUUUUACCACACUCAUUAUUGGUGUGUCAAAGUUAGUUAACAUUCCUAAAACUUUGGAGCAGCUCCCUGAACCUUACUUCUUCUACCAUUACUUUCAUCAGUGGACUUUCUUUAACACUUUGAAGGCGAGCUCUUUCCUGAACUAUCGAGAUAAGUACACUCAGAAGGAAAUUGUUGGUAUCUGUCGACCUUAUUAUCAACGCUUAUCUGGAGCCUCUUUGAAAAACUUUUCCUGGAAACCCCACUUAGUUUAG